AUAUGUUCUGUAAAGUAUCUAUAGGCAUCUGUCCUAAGCCAUAAACCAAAUAAAAAUGUUAGUCUAUAGUCUAUGUAAUCAGCUUGACAGAAUAGACAAUUUUGAUAUGUCAUCUAAACCGCUCAUUGUUUUAUUUGCUUUCCUAUUUUAAUUAAAUACUACGUUACAUGGUGUCAGAACUAUUUAAAAACGUGUUAAAAAAAGGAAACGAAGAAAUUCGUGAGAAAGUUGUAAAAUGGCUACGAACGACGCAGUAUCUGGAAUAAAGCCGCCGGCUAACCUACAAAUUGACUCGGACAAAUCAACGUGUUGGAAAAACUGGUUACAACAGUUUGAGUGGUAUGCAAUCGCUGUUCAGCUAGAUAAAAAGCCAGCCGAUGUCCAGGCAGCAACAUUUAUGGCAGUAAUAGGCCCAGAAGCGAUCGAAAUAUACAAUAGUUUCAAUCUGAGCGAUACAGAAAAAAAAAACCUGGCCGCCAUCAAAAACAGGUUCAAAGAGUAUUUUGCACCAAAAACAAAUAUAUCAUUCGAAAGAUAUAUAUUUUUUAAGAUUGAACAAAAUGAAGAUGAAUAUUUUAACGAAUUUUUAACCCGAAUAAAAACUCAGGCAAUCAAAUGCGAAUUUGACAAUUUACUGGACGAAAUGUUAAAGGACAAAAUAGUUUUUGGUAUCCGAUCCAAUCAAGUCAGAGAGAAAUUGUUGACAGAAGAUAAAUUAGACUUAACCAAAGCUAUUAAUAUCUGUAAAACUAGUGAACAAGCGUCCAAACAAUUAGAUGAGUUUGAAAGCAAAAAUAAAACAGAUAAAGUACUAGUAGUCAAAAACAAAAGUGUCAAAAACAAAGAAAAUGAAAAUUUUGACUGCAAAAGGUGUGGUUCAAAUCACAAACGCAGAGAAUGUCCAGCAUUUAACAAACCCUGUACCAAGUGCAACAAAAAUGGUCACUUUGCCAAAAUGUGCCGCACAAAGAACUAUAAUCCUAAAUUAAAAAAUAAAGUGAACACUGUAGAAGAAAUGUCAGAUUGUUCAGAAGACGAGGUAUAUAUAUCAGCUGUAAGUGGUGGAGAUAAGAAAGACUGGACAGAAACAAUACAAGUUGGUAAAAUAAAAUUUGCUGCCAAAUUAGACACAGGAGCACAAUGCAAUGUGUUACCGAGACACUUGAUGAACAAACUAAAGGCAAGUCUGAAACCAAGCCGAACAAAAAAUUUAAUAAGUUAUACAGAAGAUAAAAUGGCAGUUCUAGGUGAAGCAGAGUUACUAUGUAAAAUAAAAAAUGAAAAAAAGAAACAUAAUAUUCAAGAUAGUUAAAGAAAAAGUUACACCAAUUCUAGGACUUGAUACAUGUGAAAAAUUAGAACUUAUUGCACGAGUGAAAACACUGAAGGAAAGUGAAUGUAAAAAUGAUAUCUUCGAAGGCUUAGGAUGUUAUAAAAACUUUGAAUAUGAUAUUGACCUUAUUGAGAACCCGAGACUGGAAAUUAGACCGUCAAGAAGAAUUCCACAUGCUAUAAGAGACGAGGUAAGGCAAGAACUUGAUAGAAUGGUUAAGUUAGAUGUUAUUAAACCAGAAACAGAGCCUACCCCUGCCGUGAGUCCUAUGGUAAUUGUGAGACAAAAAGGUAAAAUAAGAAUCUGUAUUGAUCCGUCAGAUGUAAAUAAAAACAUUCUUAGACGUCAUUUUCCACUUACUACUAUAGAAGAAAUUUCAGCAGACAUUAAAGGUUCUAAAUUCUUUGCAUUGUUAGAUUGUACAAAAGGAUUUUGGCAGAUUAGACUUUCUGAAAGAACACAAAAGAUAUUAACUUUUGCUACGCCAUGGGGAAGAUAUUCUUUCAAGAGACUUCCUUUCGGAGUAUCAUCGGCUCCUGAAAUAUUCCAAGAAAUUUUAACAAAUUUGCUCAGUAAAUUUAAAAACGCAAGAGUGUCAAUCGAUGACAUCUUUAUCUAUGCAAAAAGUAGAGAAGAACUUAAGAAAACUGUUAGCAAAGUUAUAGAAACACUGAAGAAUUCAGGGUUCAAACUAAAUAAAAAUAAGUGCAUUUUUGAAUCAGAAAGAAUUAAAUUCCUGGGGCACAUUGUUUCAGCUAAUGGACUAGAAGCAGACCCAGAAAAAGUUGAAGCCAUACAAGCAAUGAAGACGCCAACAAAUAAAACGGAGCUACAGAGACUACUAGGAAUGAUCACAUACCUAAAUAAAUUCAUCCCGAAUAUGUCAGACCUAACAAAUCCACUAAGAGACUUGCUACACAAAAAUACAAACUUUAUAUGGGAAGUUCAUCACGAAGAAACAUGGAACAAAAUAAAACAAGUUCUCCAGAGGCCUCCAGUAUUAAGACUAUAUGAUGUAAAUAAACCUGUAACAUUAAGUGUAGACGCAAGUUCAAAAAAUCUUGGUGCUGCACUCCUCCAAGAAGGACAACCAAUAGCAUUCGGAGCAAGGGCGUUGACCAAAUGUGAACAGAACUAUCCACAGAUCGAAAAGGAAGCACUCGCUAUACUGUUUGGAUGUAAGAAAUUUCACGAAUAUGUUUACGGCAAAGAACUGACAGUAGAAUCAGACCAUAAGCCACUUGAGUCUAUCUUCAAGAAAAACAUACAAUCUGCUCCAGCAAGAUUGCAACGGAUAUUAUUUAAUCUUACACCAUACUCACCAAAAGUUAUAUUUAAAAAGGUACAGAGAUACCACUGGCAGACUUCCUUAGUCGAGACUGUGAUGCCUCUAAUCUAAAAUAUGAACAAGAAGAAAAUCUGAAAGUUGCAGUUAUACUACCUAUGUCAGUAAAUGCUAAACAAGAGUUAAUUACAGCCACAAAAGAAGACCAACACUCACAGUUACUACUUAAGACAAUAAUACAAGGAUUUCCAGACAAAGUCAGGGACCUUCCUACAGAACUACAACACUAUUUUAAUUUUAAAGAAGAACUAAGCUAUCUGAACGGUAUAAUUUUUAAAGGAAAUAAAAUUGUGGUACCUAAAUUACAGAUCCCCAAAAUGCUAAAGAAUAUUCAUCAAGGACAUCUAGGUAUAAACAGCUGUUUAAGAAGAGCACGACAACUUUUCUAUUGGAAAGGACAGUACCACGACAUUAUAAAACUAGUCAAAACCUGCUCCAUCUGUGAACAAACACAAAGAGAUAACAUAAAAGAUAUAGUGCUAGUUAAAGAAUUUCCUACACUUCCAUGGCAAAUAGUUGCAUCUGAUCUGUUUGAACUAAAAGGUAAAACUUACAUAGUAAUCUGUGACAGCUACUCCGGAUAUGUGGAUUUUCGACAGCUAAAAGGUCAGUCAUCGUAUGAAGUUAUAGAACAAUUGAAACAAUGGUUUGCCGUGCAUGGAGUACCAGAAGAGCUACAAACUGACAAUGGACCACAAUACAUGUCCAGAGAAUUCAAGGCCUUUCAAAAAGAGUGGAAAUUUAACCAUGUCACCUCCAGUCCACAUCACCCUCAGGGCAAUGGGCUUGCUGAAAAAGCAGUUCAAGUAGUCAAGAACAUAUUGAAAAAAUGCAGUAUGGACAAGUCUGAUGUCCAACUUGCUUUAUUAAACUGGAGAAAUACUCCAAGAAAUGAUAUUUUAGGCUCACCCAAUCAACGUCUAUACAGCAGAAUUACCAGAUCUCCAUUACCUAUAAACGACAACAACUUAAAACCAAAAAUAAUAACAGGAGUGACCACUGAGCUUAAACGACUAAGAGAAGUACAAGCCAAAUAUGGUAAUAGGCACACUAAAAAACCAGAUUCUUUUGAAAUUAAUGAGAAGGUCAGACACAAAGUUGCCCACCGUCAAUGGGAGGGGGCAAGGGUGUUAGAAAGGCCUGAAGGUUUACCAAGAUCCGUUAUCAUCCAAACUGAUCAAGGACAAAUACUACGCAGAAACUUCAGUCAUUUGCACAAGACUCAAGCAGACAUAACCAGAAACAGAGUGGUAGUUCCUGAUAUUAAAUAUACAGAAGAACCAACAACACAACAGGUUCCAUCACCACAAUCACCUGCUGCCCUGGAGUCUCAACCGACAUCAACAAGUUCAUCACCAAGUAGUUCUAAUCACAUGCUGGAGUCAACACUCACUCAACCAUCAACAGCACCUAGAUCAUCAAGAUAUGGUAGAAUAAUAAAACCAGUAAAUAGACUUGAUCUUUAAUAACACUUAAAUCAGUACUUAUUAAAGCUGUGCUCAGUAAAUUUACAAUCAUUUUAUAUUUUCUUGUGCAACAUUAAUUAUUAGAUGAAUAAUGUUAGUUUACUAUUCACAUAAUAGUAAGUCAUUGUUUUGUCAUAUAAAAUUUAUUAUGUUCAUUCAUGUUAAUUAAAGAAUAAUAAGUUAGUUUUAAAAUGUAAGAAAACGUUUUUAAGUUUGUUUAGUUUAUAAAGAAAGGGAGAUGUAAAGUAUCUAUAGGCAUCUGUCCUAAGCCAUAAACCAAAUAAAAAUGUUAGUCUAUAGUCUAUGUAAUCAGCUUGACAGAAUAGACAAUUUUGAUAUGUCAUCUAAA